UAGAGAGGGAGACGUGCGAUUAUGCAGGCGAUAUCAAGCCGUUUUGUUCUUUUUUUUGUUUUUUUGUUUUUUUGCCCACUUCGGAAGGAGACCUCGGAACCUAGGUAGGUAAGUAAGAUAGCCUACCCAAGAUAGCCUACCCUAGAUGAGCCCCCCCCCUAGGAGCAAGGAAAAGAUAAGGGCGACAGGCCCACGCCUUGCGCCUCGCCCAUCGCGCGUGCGCCCGCGACCGCGCCUCGCGUCGGCCCAAUUUUCCCCGAACGGAGCGCCGGGACCGGCUGCCAUAGUGGGCAGGCAGAUAUCGCUUCCGCGGCCGACUAGAACCGCCCAGCCUGGGCGCCUCGACUGGGCGCGGGCGGGGAGAACGCAGGGGAGGCAGCUAGCUAGCUGCCCCUGGCAUAUACGUACCUAUCUACUCGCCCCAGCGCCGGGGCUGCGCGCGCGAAAGACAGAGAAGGCAGACUCGCGAGCGGCUCGGCCAGCGCAGCGCGUGGCCCUCUGUGCUGCGGCGGAUACUAAGGGCGAGAGGGGUGUGUCAGGGGGACAUUUACCCGGGAGGAAAACGAGGGAGAGGACCAGCGGAGCCAGAAAGGACAUGGGGUGUGAUCGGAGAGCACUCAAUCUGAAAAUUUCGAGGCCGCAGGGGGGCGGGUCUGGAGUGCCGAGGUUGUCUGGCCUCUCGGCGCGCGCUGCGCUGCUUAUCGCGGCCAGCUUCUUUCUGCCCGCGCUGGGGGUUGGCCCCGGGUCGUCGACGGCGAGGAGUCGCCAGUGUCAGCGGUCUCCAUUGGGGUCUCUGUCUCGCUCGCUCUCUAAGAAAAAGGACGGCGUAUGUGUGCGCAUGCUACGUCUGCACGCGAGCAUCUCGGGUUCUCGCUGCCUAGGUAUGCCUGCCUACCUACGCUCGUAUAUCUGCUACCCGCGUCCUGCCAGCCCGGCCGACGCAGACCUUCCCGAUCUCGCCAAGAUCAGCCUCGCGCUGCGCUCUCGACGCAGUCCUCGCCCUCCCCCCGCCGACCUAUCGGUCAGCCGUCUCUCGCGGGCCUCACCUUCUUGUUUCGUAGGGGGGCCCUCGCCGCCCCAGCCAGCCGGCCGGAGCUUACCUAUCUUCUCGUCGCCAUUGGCCGCCGCUGUUUCUAUCUGCAAAAGCACCACCAUAGGCAGCAUGGGGGGCAGGGCCGGGUGUCUGCCUGUAGGUCGGUACAGUUCCUCGAAGCGUGACGCCAGGACGAGGGGGGUGGAAGGGGGGGAAUGGACGUGCAGUCUGCAAGGCGCCCCCCCCCCGAUCUCCGCCCGAGUGCCGUGCCCAGACUCGUGAGCCUCUAGUUUAAUACGACCUCUGCCGGCGAUACCACCUGCUCGAUUAGAGUAGACGCCGCGCCGCCAGCACUUAGCGGACGGGCUGGGCUCUGCGCGCUCGCCUGCCGCGGCCCGCCGCGCUGUUCCAAUGCGGCAGCUGGCACGCUGCGCUGCCCGCUUACAUGAUCAUGCCUACCUCUCCUGUAUCUAGCGUCGGACGACGUCGAUCUCGGCUCGCUCGCGCUGGCGACGGCGGGCGCCGGCACGCCUAUCUCCCUCUCUCUUCCCCCCCCCCGCUCCGCCGACGACACACCCACCUACCUACCUCCCCCCUCCCCCAGAACCCACUCCUGCGCACUCCCCUCUCCAACCUUCCGCCUCCACCAGCCAGCGAAGCAGAAUAGGUACACCGACGCGAGCAGCCAGCGACUCGCCGCCCCGUAAGCGCAUGGGGAGAGUGGCACCUACCCGACGCGGAAAGCAGCUCGCUCGGGGCCAUCUACCCGCCUGCCAGCGUAGUGCAGCGUAGCGUGGUAGUAGUAGCAGGGGAAGAAGAAGGAUAAGAAGAAGUAGAAAAAGAGAAGAUAUCGAUUCGCUGGGGGCGCUCUCCCGCCCUCCCUCCUUCCUAGACCGGCCGCCCCCGGGAUCGCUCGGGCGAAAAAGAAUGAAUGGGGCGCCCCCGGCCGCCGCCGGAGCCGAGGCGCGACGCGUCGGGCAUUGUCUAUGGCCGCGCGCGGCGGGCCCCGGGUGGUGG